AUGUUUCAGUCCCGGAUACCGGUCUCUGACUUGUCCCUGAACUUCCGUGAUGCGAUCUAUGCGACACGAAAGCUUGGCUUUCGAUAUAUUUGGAUCGAUUCCCUUUGCAUUAUUCAGGGGUCCGACGGUGACUGGGAGCAGGAGGCUCUCGCGAUGAACAUGGUCUACAAACAUGCUGUCUUCACUUUGGCCGCAGCCGCAUCUGCUGAUUCCUAUGGGGAACUCUUCCGCAAGCGAGUUCCGGAAGUUACCUUGCCUUACAAAUUAGAGGUUGACCAGCCGUAUACUUCCUCGGAUCAGAAAGCCUCAAGGCGUUGGCCCAAAUUCAUCCAUCGGCUCCGAAAAUCCUACUCAAGUCCUACGUCUGGUCUUUCACCGAGUCUGGUCCCAACGGAUUUGCCCCAUCCGACUAUCCAUUUGCCAGUAGGAGCUUCCCAGGCCGUGGCAGCCUCAGCCUCAGGGUCGAGCAAGUUGCCUCAUUGGCAAGUCCAUGGAUGGGAAUCUGAAGAGGUCUAUGAAGCGGAAAAGUCCAAGGCUCUGGAACACCUAGAAAGGCUCAUUGAAAUAACUGCGGCCCAAAGACCUGAGUUCCCUCGGGGAUUGCGACGUCAAGCUGUGGUACCUAGGGAGGCCGUUACAUCUCCCAAGGCGUUCUACGCCGCGCCCUUCUACUUCAGCGGAGACCAGAUAUUUUGGGAAUGUCGAGAACUUGAUGGCAGCGAAAUCUUUCCCCGGGGCCUUCCAGCAAGGGAGCAGGGUUAUACAAGGACGGGUUACAAAACACUUGACCCUAAGACGAUGUUCCUGUUGCACAAUGUAGGGGGAUUUCGUGAAUCUGAUCCAUACGAGCAAUGGGAAAGUCUAGUUGCGGAAUACACACGAUGUAGCUUGUCCAAUCCAAGAGACAAGCUGGUUGCUAUAUCCGGCUUGGCAAGAGAAUUCGCGCGCACUUUCGAAGACGAUCUCGUUGCUGGUCUUUGGCGGACGAAGCUGAUCAGCGAAUUGGCCUGGUACCGAGACAAUACACAACUGGGUUCGCGACCACAAGGCUACCGUGCUCCAACCUGGAGCUGGGCUUCCAUCGACGGGGGAGUUUUUUUCCUACCGCAGUCGCAACUGGACGUAGAUUACGUCCAAAUCUUGGAGAUUGACUGUCAGUAUGUAGACGACAACACAAUGGGAAGGAUUCGACACGCGCACAUCCGCGUCAGAGGAUAUCUAUUUCAAAUCUCCCUACAGAAACGCCCCGACGACAAAUUCGCCACUGUUCUUCACUUGGACACACUUGCUGAUCUUACUAGAUCCGAAUACUUCUUUCUUCCACUCAUUGUAGAUAAGCUUAAUGGUCUUUCCGGCCUGCUCCUCGAGCCUAUCUCUGAGGGCCCGGGUGGGAUCUAUCAACGGAUCGGCAUGCUUCAGAUACGGGACGGCUACGUGAUCUCUGAACUCGCAUACAGAAAGGUCAUAAGGCGAAAGACAGUCGACAAGCAAGCGGGGCCAAAGGGCGACUGUGAGGCUGAGACGACGAAGUCUCAGGACAUGAAGGCCAACGGCAUCUGA